AUGAAUUUCUCAUCGGACCAUGCCAAACACGUGCUAUCAAAUACUCAAUGUGAUGUUUUUGGUCGCAUUAAGUCGUUAGUGUCGGUGCUUUGCGCUAGUUUGUACGUGGUAUCUAGCGGUAAAAAGGCUCAAUUCUGUACCGCAAAGUUGUCAGCUGACAGCGAUGACAAGUACAGUCGAGUGAUACUGCCAAGGGUUACUCGGGGUACUACGAAGCGUAUUGCUUCGAAGCGAUCCAGACUCAAUGAUUGGGUAUUAAAAGAAGACUUGACGCAGCUUUAUAUGAAUAAUCAUGAGGAGAAAGGCUAUGCUUCUGACACUUGCGUCAAGGGUCCUUUAGCAGCAAUUUCAGAAAAACAAACAGCAAUGCCUAUCACAAAUGGAGAUUUGUCUGCGGUCGUAUGUGGACAAGAUACGGCUAUUAAAGCGAGCUACGCUGUAAAUUUAAAAAAGGAGCUGACUACGUUUACGUCGGCGAAGUGA